UAGUCUAUAUAUAGUUGCAUUUCUUAAUCUCCCAAUGCACCAAACACACAACAAAGAGAAAUAAACAUUCUCACCCAACUUAGGGUCUUACAUCUUCCUCCACUAAAAUGGCUUCUAAUGAAAAAGGCUCUAUUGGAACCUCCUUGCAUGGAGUCAUAGCAAAGGAACAAGUCUUCUCCUUCUCCACCGAUGCUUCAUCCCAAACCGUCCCAUCAGACGACCCAACGGCUAAAUUUUCUCUUCCGGUUGACUCCGAACACCGGGCCAAAGUGUUCAACCCACUCUCAUUUGCUAAACCUCACAUGAGAGCCUUUCACUUAGGAUGGAUCUCAUUCUUCACUUGCUUCAUCUCAACCUUCGCCGCUGCACCUUUAGUCCCCAUCAUCCGUGACAACCUCGACCUUACCAAAACCGACGUCGGGAAUGCAGGAGUCGCCUCCGUCUCCGGUGCUAUUUUCUCAAGGUUAACCAUGGGAGCGGUUUGUGACCUCCUCGGAGCACGGUAUGGAACCGCCUUCUCGCUCAUGCUAACCGCUCCAAUGGUCUUCACAAUGUCGUUUGUGACCGGCCCGGUCGGAUACUUAACCGUCCGGUUCAUGAUCGGAUUCUGCCUCGCGACGUUCGUGUCUUGUCAGUAUUGGACAAGCGUCAUGUUCAAUGGGAAGAUCAUAGGACUAGUGAACGGCUGCGCCGGUGGGUGGGGAGAUAUGGGAGGUGGAGUGACUCAGCUACUCAUGCCAAUGGUCUUCCACGUCAUCAAGUUGGCCGGAGCCACUCCGUUCAUGGCUUGGCGCAUAGCAUUUUUCGUCCCUGGAUUUCUUCAAGUCGUAAUGGGCAUUCUCGUCCUCACUUUUGGCCAAGACCUCCCUGAUGGUAACCUCAGUACCCUUCAGAAGAGUGGUCAAGUCUCUAAAGACAAAUUCUCCAAGGUUUUCUGGUUUGCUGUGAAGAACUACAGAACAUGGAUUUUAUUUGUUCUUUAUGGAUUUUCCAUGGGAAUUGAAUUAACUAUCAACAACGUUAUCUCCGGAUAUUUCUUCGACAGGUUUAACCUGAAGCUUCAAACAGCCGGUAUCGUAGCAGCCAGUUUCGGAAUGGCAAACUUCUUCGCCCGUCCCUUCGGUGGCUACGCCUCUGAUGUAGCAGCCAGACUCUUUGGAAUGAGAGGCCGGUUAUGGAUCUUAUGGAUCUUUCAAACCGUGGGAGCUCUCUUUUGCAUCUGGCUAGGUCGUGCUAAUUCACUUCCCAUUGCAAUUUUGGCAAUGAUACUUUUCUCAAUAGGUACACAAGCCGCUUGUGGAGCUCUCUUCGGGGUUGCACCUUUCGUCUCACGCCGCUCUCUAGGGCUCAUCUCGGGACUAACUGGCGCGGGAGGAAACUUCGGGUCCGGUUUGACUCAACUGCUUUUCUUCUCGACUUCCAGGUUUAGUACAGCGGAAGGACUCUCGUUGAUGGGUUCUAUGGCGGUUUUGUGCACGCUCCCGGUUGCGUUUAUACAUUUUCCGCAAUGGGGAAGCAUGUUUUUGAGACCGUCGAGGGAUGGGGAGAGAUCCAAGGAGGAGUACUAUUACAGCUCUGAGUGGACAGAGGAUGAGAAACGACAAGGGUUGCAUGAAGGAAGCAUCAAGUUCGCGGAGAAUAGUCGGUCUGAGAGAAGCCGGAAAGUAGCUUUGGCUGACUUUCCGACGCCAGAGACUGGAACUGCGGCUAAUGUUUGAAGACAAAUCACAAGAGGUGUUUCCUUAAUAUGUAUAAUCAUUUCAUAGUUUCAUAUUCAUGUCAUAAUGUAACUAAUGGUUGAUGAGCUCGGUGCUUAGUAUAUAAGUUAUUGUAAUAUCGUUUUAAUGAAAGGCAAAGAGUAUUCAACUAGCUCGUAUCUUCAUGAAAUGCUCAGAGUGCACAUAAAGAAAACUUUAGGAAGACUACGGAAGAAGAAAUAAAAAGAGCAAGUCUUCUCAUCACAGAAACAGAUCAAACUAACUCAUGUUGCUUCACAAGUUUUUGCAGCCCGAAGAACUGUGGCUGCAAAUUGCUGUCGCAGCUAAACUUCGGACAAACCAAGAACGACUUGUUCGCUUUUCCAUGAGGGUAAGACUUCAAAUCAUACAGAGACAGAAUUUACUAACUUCGCAUAUCUCUAUCACUCUACAUCCCAUUAGUUUACACAACUCAGAUACAUUUCCCUCUUGCGCUAAACUAAAUCUCUCAUUUCACAGGGUUCCAAUAUAGUGAAAAGGAUAACACGAAUAGCAAAAUAUGCUUAAUGUCUUACACAACCUGGCUUUUAGCAUAUGAUCGACUCUGUCAUUCAGAUUGACAUGAGAUUCCUUUCCCUUCAUUUAAAUCAGCAUAAAAGAUAGAAUAUUCGAAUAUACUUUCCAGACGAAUAUCCGAAUUUACGAAAAGAUCCAACUUUAAUAAUAUCAAAAUAAUUGCCAUAAUCGUCAACAUCUGAGUCUUAAUUUAAAAAAAAAAUACUACUACAAUAACCACCAAAAAUAUUACUUCGUCCAUCUCUAUGUUCUCUUCAAAAAAAAAAACAUUCAACAACAAAAGAAAAAAAGGUGCACAUUGAUUACUAA